GACUUGAUAGUGUCUAAAGCGCUCCUCAUUGGUGUGCUGCUUCACUAUAAAUACUUGGUUGUGAGGAUGGAUAUAAAAGCCGGUGCUUCGUUUUAGUCAGAAAACCUUUUUAUCAGACUCUCCCCUGGUGGUUUUUACCAAAAUGAAGAUUUUGAUUGUGUUUGUCCUUGUUACGCUGGCUUUCAGUGGAUGUGACGCGACAUCACCUGUAAGAAAAUGCGGCAAUGGUUGGACAGGAUUUGGGAGAAAGUGCUAUAAAUACGUAGCCGAGGCAAAACCAUGGGCAGAAGCCGAGAAACACUGUCAGCUCUUUGGAGGAAACCUUGCGUCUGUGCACAGUAACCAAACGCACUUUUUUCUUAAGGGAAUGGGGAAAAUGUCUGGCAGCUACAAACGCACCUGGAUCGGAGCUCAGGAUGCAACUCAGAGCUCCCUCUGGCUGUGGAGCGACGGCUCGGUGUUCGAUUUCAGCGCCUGGCAUUCAGGAGAGCCGAAUCAUUCAGGAGGAGAACACUGCGUGGAAAUGAACUACGGAGAUGAGGUCCUGUGGAACGACGCCCGGUGCAACACCAACCUUUACUUUGUGUGUCAAAAAGCACAAAACAUCAAUAUCUGCUUUUAAAACACCAAUAACUGCUGAUAACCGCUAAUAACCGCUCACGAUCGCUCCUAAUCGCUAAUAACCGCUAAUAACUGCUCACAAUCACACAUAACCACUAAUAACCGCUCACAAUCGCUCAUAACCGCUAAUAAUCGCUAAUAACCGCUAAUAACCGCUCACAAUUGCUCAUAACCACUAAUAACCGCUCACAAUCGCUCCUAAUCGCUAAUAACCGCUCACAAUCGCUCAUAACCGCUAAUAACACACAUUAUUUCUUCUUAUUGUCAGUCCCAACCAAUGAAAACACUGCUUACGGUAUCACAAUAAAGAUGAAUUAUGAAGCUUGA